AUGGAUCAAGAAAAACUAUUUAACAAAUUUUCACGAGAAUUAGAAAAGCUGACCGAAAUUAAAAAAGACUACUUUGUGAAUAAUCGAUCAUUUAACGUCACCAUAAAUAUGGAUGACGAACUACAUCGUCGGAAGGUCAUCAAUGAAAUCGUUGAAUCUAUUCAGAACAAAGAAGAAAAGAACCUUUACAUCAAAUAUCAACAAUGUUUCCGUUUUUACAAUGUAAUGUGUCAAUACAAACAAAAGUACGAAGAAGAGGGUUGCAAAAAAGUAACCCGGAGAGUGAUGGAUGACAUCGAAUUAAGCCAUAGCUAUCAAGUAAUCAAAAAAUCCCUUAGAAUCCACCACUUUUUUAAUUGCCCAAAAUUGAUCGGGAUUAAUGAUGCUUAUAAACAAUGCCAAAUUUCGACACGUGAAUUUUAUUUAUUAAACGAUUCAAAAUGGAUGACUUUCUCGAAGAUAUAUGGCUUCGAUGAGCAGUACCUAGAUGAUUACUUCUAUUGGAAGGUUAAAAGAAGGAAUGUGGUGAUUCAGGAGAACGAAGAAGAAAGCGAUAAAACCAUUUCUGAUAUAGGUGAAUGA